UUAAUGGAGAACAGGACAGAAGUGACAUGGUUUAUCCUGCUGGGACUCACCAAUGACCCACGUCUGCAGCUUCCUCUCUUCAUCAUCUUCCUCCUCAUCUACACCAUCACCCUAGUGGGGAACCUGGGGAUGUUCAUGUUGAUUCUCUUGGACUCUCGGCUUCACACCCCCAUGUACGUUUUCCUGAGUAAUCUGUCCUUGGUGGACUUUUGUUACUCUUCAACAGUCACUCCCAAGGUCAUAGCUGGAUUCCUUACAGGAGACAAGAUUAUGUCUUACAAUGCUUGUGCCUCCCAAAUGUUCUUUUUUGCAAACUUUGCCAAUGUGGAAAACUACCUUUUGGUUUCAAUGGCCUAUGAUCGCUAUGCAGCAGUGUGUAAGCCUUUACACUAUGCCACCACCAUGACAACACGUGUGUGUGCGUGUCUAGUCAUUGGCUGCUAUAUCUGUGGUUUCCUGAAUGCUUUUAUCUAUACUAUGGAUGCAUUAAGUCUUUCCUUCUGUGAGUCCAAUGUGGUCCAUCAUUUUUUCUGUGAUGUUUUAGCAGUCAUGAUUGUAUCUUGCUCUGAUAGACAUGUUAAUGAACUGGUUCUUAUUUAUGUAGCCACCUUCAAUAUCUUUUUUGCUCUUAUACUCAUCUUAAUAUCCUACACAUUCAUUUUUACCAACAUACUAAAGAUGCACUCAGCUUCAGGAUAUCGUAAAGCUCUCUCUACCUGUGCCUCGCACUUCACUGCAGUGUCUAUUUUCUAUGGGACAGUCAUAUUCAUGUACCUGCAGCCCAGCUCCAGUCACUCCAUGGACAUUGACAAAAUCGCAUCUGUUUUCUACACCAUGGUCAUUCCCAUGUUGAACCCUCUGGUCUACAGCCUGAGGAAUAAGGAUGUGAAGAGUGCAUUCACAAAGAUUGUGUUGAGGUCAAGAUAA